AUGGUCAGCCAGUCCAUGCUCCAAUAUCUGGAUAGUGCAGGCUCCUUCGAGGAGAGGGUCGCCACCUUUGUCUGCAGGCUGAUCGUGUACUUGUUCUACAUGGUCUCACUGAUCUACUACCGGACCAAGCAUGUCUACCAGGCGGUGAAACGUGGAGAAUUCUUCGAGAUCAGCGGUAUCCGAGUGCCGAGGAAAUGGACGGAAGACUGGCAGGAGGCUGUCAGCCUGGCGUUGACCUUGGCCCUGGUCGUGAUGUUCUUUCUCGAGCCCAUUCUGUCGUGCUUGCAGCAUACAGAGGGCCUUGGUAUCUUCACGCAGCGCUGCCCACAGGCAAACGACACCCGAGAGCCGUAUGAGAUCCUCUCCAUGAUCGCCAUCAUGCUGAUCUUCACGCUGGCUGCGGAUACCGCAACGGUCUCCACCAGGCUCUCCUCUUGGCUUCUUGUAGCCGGCCACGUUCUGCCCGAUCUUGGUCUAGCGCUUCUCGCCUGCGGCUUCCUGGUGCUGACUUUUGGCAGCAGUGUGGCAGCAUCCCUCGGCAACCCAGAGGAUUUUCAGGGCAUCGCAAGCUGCCUCAUGGCCUUCCUGGAGUUGGCGAUCAACAUGUUUCCAGCUUCGCAUCUGGAGCAGCUGGAGGAGAGCUUCAUUCUUCUUGCAGCAGCGAGCUGCUUUCGAGUCUUGGUAGUCUUUCUGCUAAUGAACGUCCUCAUCGCGCAGCUCACCUGUUGCUACAAGCAGCUCUCCGUGAGCAUGGUGGGCCAUGCACGCCUGCGUCGCAUGCACAAGGUUUGCGAGGCCAUGGAGGGAAUCCCUUCCGCGACCUUCCAACGUUUCAUCGAGAAUUUGCGGUUGGAUGAUCCGGUGGAGUUCGGGGAGGGUGACGUUGGUCCGGCAGGGGGCAUCCAGGUCCUCGAGCCUGGGAACCUCCAUCCCACGAACGUGGACACGAUCCGGCGAAUGGGCGGGAAUCCCAAAAAUCCUUUUCCACCGGAAGACGAGGACCUCACAGAGGCUGAAAGGUGCCAGCGCCUCUUUAAGAUGUAUCAGAAGGCUGUGAAGAAGAUCACGAGCCAGGGACACUCCAGCGAUGAUAAGCCCCCUGCGCCCAAGGCAGUAACGAGCCGAACGACCUUCGGAAUGACGCCCGAGGAGGCGAAAGACGGCGGUGACUAA